AUGAAUCAGAACCACGGCUUCUUAGGGAUGAUAUUUGAGUGUACAAGAGGAAGAAAAGAAGAGGAGAGCUGGAUUUCUGGACAAUAUGCCAUUUCUGUGAACCAGGGCAUAGGAACAGGUUGUGAAGAGGGAGAUGCUGAGGUCAGUUCUAGACCUGGAAGGCCUCCUAAGAGGACUCAAAGUGUCACCUCCCCUGAGAACUCUCAUAUCAUGCCACAUUCUGUCCCUGGCCUCAUGUCUCCUGGAAUAAUCCCUCCAACAGGUCUGACAGCAGCAGCUGCUGCCGCUGCUGCUGCCACCAACGCGGCCAUUGCGGAAGCAAUGAAGGUGAAGAAAAUCAAGUUAGAAGCUAUGAGUAAUUAUCAUGCUAGCAAUAACCAACAUGGAGGAGAUUCUGAGAAUGGGGACAUGAAUUCAAGUGUUGGCAGCAGUGAUGGUUCUUGGGAUAAGGAAACAGUACACUCUCCCCGCACCCAGGGGUCACAGGCUUCUCUUACCCCCCCCUGCAUACCUGGAGUGCGUAGCCUCCUAGUUAGUCAUCCUCUCAACCACCUUCAGCAGAACCACCUUCUGCCAAAUGGACUGGAACUUCCUUUUAUGAUGAUGCCCCACCCUCUAAUUCCUGUCAGCCUACCUCCCGCAUCUGUGACCAUGGCAAUGAGUCAGAUGAACCACCUCAGCACCAUUGCCAAUAUGGCGGCAGCAGCGCAAGUUCAGAGUCCCCCAUCCAGAGUUGAGACAUCUGUUAUUAAGGAGCGUGUGCCCGACAGUCCCUCCCCAGCCCCGUCUCUGGAGGAGGGCCGGAGGCCUGGCAGCCACCCAUCAUCGCACCGCAGCAGCAGCGUGUCCAGCUCCCCUGCACGGACCGAGAGCUCUUCUGACAGAAUCCCUGUUCAUCAGAAUGGGCUGUCCAUGAACCAGAUGCUGAUGGGCUUAUCACCUAGUGUACUUCCUGGCCCUAAAGAGGGAGACCUGGCUGGUCAUGAGAUGGGACAUGAGUCAAAAAGGUUGCAUAUUGAAAAAGAUGAGACCCCGCUUUCCACACCAACCGCGAGAGACAGCCUGGACAAACUUUCUCUGACUGGCCACGGACAACCACUCCCUCCAGGUUUCCCAUCUCCUUUUCUGUUUCCUGAUGGACUGUCUUCCAUAGAGACCCUUCUGACGAACAUACAGGGACUCUUGAAAGUUGCCAUAGAUAAUGCCAGAGCUCAAGAAAAACAGGUGCAGCUGGAAAAAACGGAGCUGAAGAUGGAUUUUUUAAGAGAACGAGAACUGAGGGAGACACUUGAGAAGCAGUUGGCUAUGGAACAAAAGAAUAGAGCCAUCGUUCAGAAGAGGCUAAAGAAGGAGAAGAAGGCAAAGCGAAAACUGCAGGAAGCACUUGAAUUCGAGACCAAACGGCGUGAACAAGCCGAGCAAACGCUCAAGCAGGCCGCCUCCACGGAGAGUCUCAGGGUCUUAAACGACUCUCUGACCCCAGAGAUAGACGCUGACCGCAGUGGCAGCAGAACAGAUGCUGAAAGGACAAUACAAGACGGAAGACUGUAUUUGAAAACUACUGUCAUGUACUGAAUCUUUCCUGGUGAAGAAAUUCAUGUUAUGGUAAAGAACUUUGCAGUUUGACAUUCGUCAUUGGAAAGUUUGGAAAAAAAUAAAGUCCUUUUAAGGGAACUUCCUCAAUUUUGUGUAUUAAUGUUCUUCAAAAAUUUAAGUAUUCUCCAAAAAAAAAAAAACACCAUACAAUUUCUUCCAUUGAUUUUCAACUGUGGUUCAUGCCAGAGACCUGAGAAUGUUUAUAGAUGUACAAGUAUCAAGCUUCUUACUGUUCAUAACCGCAACUUUGCUGCUGGACAUUUGCAUACAGAGUUAGAGGCAGAUCUAAAUAAGACCUAACUUUGUUUUGUUUUUUAAUGGAAUGAACCAUUUUCCUCUCCUGACCAUUCUGUAUCUGAGCACAUCAACAGACUCUCGUAGCGCUGGUCACCCAGACUUACAGAACUACGUCCUCCAGAAACCAGCAAGAACACUUGGGAAUGAGCUUGUAGGGGCCACUGAGGAUGCCUGGGGGAAAAAAAUCCAUAAAAUAAAGAGUAAUAUUCUGUUACAUUCAGUUACAAACUCUCUAAUUAUGGGUUUUCUCCAGAAGAUUUUCUUUCUACAUACUUUCCAAAAGACCAACAAGUGGAUGUUGACAAGCCAGUGAAAUAACAUUUUGCAUAUCUAAAAAGAAGCAUUGACUAUAAGCCAAAAGGUUUCAUUUACGGUCUUCCUUUUUUUCCCCCUUAAAAAUAAUAACUAAAAGAGAAACCAACAACUCUAUAUAAAUGCAACAUGUUUUCAUUUCAAACUGGUAGUGGUAUAUAGGAUUAAAAUAAUAAUGUUGUUUCUUAUUCAAACUGUUGGUCACAUGUACAGUAUAUAAACAUAAAACACACAAGGAAGGUAUUAUGUAUGCAGUAGUAUACUAGAGGUAGGAAAAUGAAAACUUUAGAAACUAUGUUUUGUCACUCUGUUGGUCAGAAAGACACCUUUCUGGUUUUAACGCAUGCAGGCAUGUAAAUAUUUGUCUGGAGUCCCAGUAUUAAUGAAUGAGCUCUUACACAUCUGGUGACAUCAGAACUCUCUGUCAGCCACUUGUAUUUGUAUAUUGAACUGUAGUUGAGUGCCCCCAAACUGCACUAUUGAGAAUGGAUCGUGGCUGAGCAGUAAAUCAAAACACCAGAAAUAUUUUUAUAUGUUAAUGUCAUAUUAUGUUAAUGUUGCUGGAAAAAAAAAGAAACCUAACAAACCCUUGAUGUAUCAGUCCAAUACCAUGUAGCUCUGAGUGAUAAAGUUAAACUGUGUUGUGCUUCCCACCCUGGUCAGAGGGAGGGCUAGCUCCGUGCCCCUUUCACUGUCCUUUGGAAAGUUACAGUAUGUGUUUUCAACUUCUGUGCAGAUAACUGGAAGUAAAGCUGCAAACGACGCUUAUCAGAGACCGAUGUUCCCUUCUCUCUGUUUGUUACCUAGCUGGAGGGGCAACCUUUAAAGACUGGUAGUAUGAGUCAGUACAAUUGAUUUUGCUGUCCUCUUAGAACUUUUUGAACUAUUUAUUUCCACAAGGCAGCAAAAUCUUUAAUGUCUCAGCACAUUAGACUAAAAAUGCUUAAAUUUUGUUCUGAUUGGCGAUUAUUAUUUGGUUCACAACUUAAAACAUAUAUGAUAGCCACUCUGGCCCUGGGCUUCUUUAGUUUUUAGGCCUUUGCAAUACUGGAGCAUAUGUCUUUUGUGUAACUCACUAUUAAACAACUAAGUUCACUUUUAAAAGACAAACAAAAAAUGUUAUAGACACAGUUCCUAUUUUAGCUUGCUUUCAAAAGGAGCAGUAUUUUUAUUUAAAAUAUUAUUAGUAACUGCUUUGUAGUAACCCACUUUUCUAAAGAUAGUUUUCCCUACCUCUUUUUGUUAUUUGAACAUAAGAGAUUCGACUCCUAGAUGUAUGUAUGUUUUUCCCCAUAUAUGCAGUCUUUAAAGGAUGACAAUAUAAAAAUCGGAUGGACUUGUGGCAAGCUUUUAAAUCAUACAUUUUUGAACGAUUUUUGAAAGCGCCUACAGUUUGCAUAUGUAGUAGAAUCAGCCAUUGCUCUGCUCCUUGCAUAGAGUCACCUGUUAAAUAGGUUAAAUAGUUUUAAUAUACAUCCUAUCAAGACCUUUGAGAAUGCGUAAGAGUUUGCUUCAACGUAAGAGGACAUUUUAGCAAGGAUUAAAGGAAAAAAAGCUAUCAGGUAUAUGUUAAGAGUGAAUCUUACUAACAUGUAAAUAUUACAACUCAUGAAAUGUUAUUGUAAGUCUGUAACUUAAGGUGGUUUUUUUGCCCUUUUUGUUUUCAGUUAUGCAGGUUGGUUUGGAGAUUUUUCUGUUGGCAUAGACAAGUAAUAUUGUGCCCAUUUUAUGGUUUUCAUGCUUUUAUAAUUCUAAAAAUAUUAAUGUCUAGUUGUCCUAUAUUAUAACCACAUUUGCGCUCUAUGCAAGCCCUUGGAACAGACAUACUCAUCUUCAUGUAGGACCUAUGAAAAUUGUCUAUUUUUAUCUAUAUAUUUAAAGUUUUCUAAACUGAUAAAAGGUUAUUACGAAUUUUGUUGUACAAAAUCUGUACAAAAAUCUGUUUUUACAUCAUAAUGCAAGAAUUGGAAAUUUUUCUAUGGUAGCCUAGUUAUUUGAGCCUGGUUUCAAUGUGAGAACCACGUUUCCUGUUACUGUAUUUAAUUUUCUUUUUCUUUUCAACAAUCUCCUAAUAAAACUGUCUGAAAUCUC